AUGAUACAUAAUUACCGCGAACUACAGAAAUUACAGGAGAAAUAUUACGAUGAAGGGUUCACAGUAUUGGGCUUCCCGUGCAAUCAGUUUGGAGGACAGGAACCUGGUACAGCUGAUGAGAUCAUGAAGUUUACACAGGAAAAAUACCACGUGACGUUCCCGAUCUUUUCUAAGGUGGAUGUAAAUGGAGACAAGGCACACCCUUUGUUUCAGCUUUUGAAGAAGAAAUUGGAUGGAUUUGUCACGAAUGAUAUCAAGUGGAACUUUACCAAGUUUUUGGUUGUUAACCAUGAACCGGUCAAGCGAUAUGGCACCACCACGUCACCAUUGGAGAUUGAGAACGAUAUCGCACAGGCGUUGCGCGUUAGCCAAUAUGUGGAUGAGUUUGACGAUGGCGGAGCGGCUGACGGAGAUGAUGACACUCAUGACGAAUUGUGA